GGAGACCUCCAGAGAUCCCUCAUUCAGGUGGAUUUUGGAGAUGGCAUCGCUGUGUCAUAUGCCAAUCUCAGCUCGACAGAAGAUGGGAUCAAGCACAUCUACCAGAACGUGGGCAUAUUCCGAGUGACCGUGAUGGUGGAAAACAGCCUGGGUUCUGACAAUGCUGUCCUCUACCUGCAUGUAACAUGCCCCUUGGAACAUGUUCACUUAUCUCUACCAUUCGUCACCACAAAGAACAAGGAGGUCAAUGCCACAGCAGUACUGUGGCCGAGCCAAGUGGGAACACUUACUUAUGUCUGGUGGUUUGGGAACAACACAGAGCCACUGAUCACAUUGGAAGGGAGCAUCACAUUCACGUUUUCUGUGGAAGGGAUGAAUACCAUCACUGUUCAGGUCUCAGCAGGGAACACAAUUCUUCAGGACACAAAGACUAUUGCUGUGUAUGAGAAAUUUCAGUCCUUGCGGUUAUCAUUCUCUCCAAAUCUGGAUGACUACAACCCAGAUAUCCCUGAAUGGAGAAGGGACAUCGGUAGAGUAGUCAAGAGAGCUCUGGUGGAGGCAACAGGUAUUUCAAGCAAGCAUAUUCUGGUCGCAGUGCUCCCUGGUCUACCCACAUCUGCUGAACUCUUCAUUUUACCACAUCGAGAUGCCACAGCAGAAAAUAAAAGAACAUCAGCAGACCUAGAGCAGAUUUCAGAAAGACUGAUCCAGAAACUGAACCAAAACCUGGUCCAUUUUGAGUUGAAGCCAGGAGUUCGAAUCCUUGUCCAUGCUGCCCAUUUAUCAACAGCUCCCCUGGUGGACCUCACUCCCAGUCACAGUGGUUCAGCUAUGCUGAUGCUCCUCUCUGUCGUUUUUGUGGGACUAGCUGUCUUUGUAAUCUACAAGUUCAAAAGGAAGAUUCCUGGCCUUAAUAUAUAUGCACAGAUGCAGAAUGAAAAAGAUCAAGAAAUGGUCAGUCCAGUCAGUCAGAGGGAAAGCAUACCUAAUAUCCCUCAAAGUGAGCUGAUGAGCCCUGAGCAACUAGUAGAUGAGAAGUUGGAAGUCCAGCCCAUAGGUAAAUAA